UAGUGCCUGACAGUCAUCACCGAAGGAAAAAUAUUCAGGGCGUGGAGCAGCUCCUCCAUGUUUGUUGCCCGGUUCGAUAUCAACAGUAGUGCAGCGAUUCACAGCCGGACUCUUAUCUGGUUCUGAUUUAGGAGAUUUUAAGUUAAAAUUUAAAAUCUGAAACGUUCAAGAAGAUGCAGGAUGACGCGCGCUACCUCAAACGCAAAGUGACUGCAGGCAGUCUAGAUGUUCAUCCCACGGAGAAGGCCCUCGUGGUCCACUAUGAGGUGGAGGCGUCCAUACUGGGGGAGAGUGGAGGUCAUAUGCUGGGCGAACGCAAGGAGGGACAAAAGAUCAUCCGUGUGAAGAGUCUGUCUCCCAGUACAGAUGUGGGAGCUUUGGCCAAGAAAGUGGUGGAGGAGUGUAAGCUCAUCCCUUCCUCCCGUUUGCCCCAGGUGGAGCAGCUCCUCUACUACCUGCAGAACAGGAAAUCAUCCCCUGUGGAGGGAAAAGUGGAGAAGAAAGAAAAAAGAAGUGUGAAACCCAGAGAGUUGACACCGUUUGAAGGAAUGGAGUUAAAUGAGGAAGCCAGUAUAACCAAAGUGGAUGAGUAUGUGGAGCUGCUCUAUGAAGGCGUCCCAGAGAAGAUCAGAGGCUCUGCUCUCAUUCUGCAGCUCGCCCGCAACCCUGAAAACCUGGAGGAGCUGCUACACAACGAGGCAGUUCUCGGUGCUCUGGCCAGAGUACUGAGGGAGGACUGGAAACAGAGUGGGGAGCUGGCCACCAUCAUCAUCUACAUCUUCUUCUGCUUCUCUAGUUUCUCCCAGUUCCAUGGAGUGGUGAGUCAUUAUAAAGUAGGUGCGUUGUGUAUGAGCGUGGUGGAACAUGAGCUGAAGAGACAUGACGUGUGGUGUGAGGAGCUACGCAAGAAAAAUAAGGCUUGUGAGUCAGCACCGGAGAAUGGUUCCCUAAGAAGAGACCAAGACAAAGCUCUGAGGAAGUACCAAGGGCUUCGGGCUAAACAGGAGCAGCUGCUCAGAGUGUCUCUUUACCUCCUGUUGAACCUCGCUGAGGACACGAGAACGGAGCUGAAAAUGAGGAAUAAGAACAUUGUUGGUCUGUUGGUCAAAGUUCUUGAUCGGGAUGAUGAGGAGCUGCUGGUCCUGGUGGUUUCAUUCCUGAAAAAACUGUCCAUCUUUUUGGAGAACAAAAACGACAUGGCUGAGGUUGACACUGUAGAACGACUGGCUCGUCUGGUUCCCUGUGACCAUGAAGAUCUGUUAAACCUGACUCUGCGCCUGCUGCUCAACCUCUCCUUUGACUCUGGGCUCCGAGCCAAGAUGGUUGAAGUUGGACUUUUGCCUAAACUGACUGGCUUGAUGGCUGAUGAGAACAACCGUCAAGUAGUGAUGCGUAUCCUGUAUCAUAUCAGCAUGGAUGACCGCUUCAAGGGCAUGUUUGUUUACACUGACUGCAUACCUCAGCUCAUGCAGAUGCUGUUUGAGUGCAGUGAGGAGGAAAUUGAGGCCGAGCUCAUCUCCAUCUGCAUCAACCUGGCUGCAAACAAGAGGAACGCUCAACUUACAUGUGAAGGAAAUGGGCUGAAGAUGCUGAUGAAGAAAGCUCUUAAGACAAAAGACUGUCUGCUGAUGAAGAUGAUCAGAAACAUCUCACAACACGAUGGACCAACCAAACCUCUGUUCAUAGACUAUGUGGGUGACCUGGCAGCAGAGAUCCGUGCAGAGGAAGAUGAGGAGUGGGUUCUUGAGUGUCUGGGGACACUGGCCAACCUCACCAUCCCUGACCUGGACUGGGAGUUGGUGCUGAAGGAGUACAACCUGGUACCUUACCUCAAAGACAGACUCAAACCAGGCUCAGCAGAGGAUGACCUCAUCCUAGAGGUGGUGAUUAUGAUUGGAACGGUUUCCAUGGAUGAUGCCUGUGCCGCCAUGUUGGCUAAAUCUGGCAUCAUUCCUGCCCUUAUCGAGCUACUGAAUGCCCAACAGGAGGACGACGAGUUUGUGUGUCAGAUUGUCUACGUCUUCUAUCAGAUGGUUUUCCACCAAGCCACACGAGACGUCAUCAUCAAAGACACCCAGGCUCCAGCCUACCUGAUAGACCUGAUGCAUGACAAGAAUGCUGAGAUUAGAAAAGUGUGUGACAACACCCUCGACAUUAUUGCUGAGUACGAUGAGGAGUGGGGGAGGAAGAUCCAGUCAGAGAAGUUUCGUUUCCAUAACAACCAAUGGUUGGAGAUGGUCGAGAGUCGUCAGGCUGAUGAGUCGGAAACGUAUCUCUAUGAUAACGACAAUGACAGGGCCGAUCUCUUCUAUAGUGCAGAUGGAAUAACUCCAGCAGACGGCUGCGUCAGCCCAGAUUUCUUCAGUGACCUGCAGGCUCAGAAUGGAGACUCACACCUCACAGAAGCUGACAGAGACAUCUUCGACCAGACCAGCUCGUCACCUGGACGACCAGCCACUGCGUACGGCUUUAGACCUGACGAGCAGCCCUUCUAUCAGUACACAUAGACACACACACACGUCAGGACAUCCUGACAUGUUAACCAUCCACAAUCUGCACAUCCACAUCAUUAGAAUGACAAUAAAAUAUUACAAAAUACUAAUGCCCACUACGAUCGUGUAGAUAGACGAUGAUCUCACUGAUUGGAGGUGUUCAGAGUGGUUAUAGCCCAACUUUCCCAUUAUUGUAUCAAAUUAUUGUUCAUAGUAGUAGCAUUAAAUUAAAUUAAAAUUAAAAAUAAUCUUACAUCUGCAUAGUUUCACGUCUGAUUCUCCCACAUAAAACAAUUGCAAGCACACACACAACACUCGGACUGGACUGUGUGUAGAUGCCUCGCUGUACAUGACACAGAGUGGAGGAGAUUAGAGAUAUACAAAAAGAACAAAUCAAUCUGCUUGAUUUUUAGUUUUUUUGUGUUUUUAAAGUUUUUGUCAAAACUGCAAGUGAAUGAACAGUCAAUGUGAUAGAGAGAGAGAAAUGAGCCAUAAAAACAUAAAUAGCAUGAUGUGCCUCUGCAGCUCUAACGGAGUAAGAGAGAUGAGUUUUGGUCAGUACAUAGUUGUAAUUAUUAAUUCUAGCACGAUAAUAAACACUUACCAUGUUGGAGUGGGAGCCAGAUAGAUCUUUUAAAUAUUACUAAUACUCAUGACAGACUUGGUGUGAACCCACCCAUUUUUUCAAGUAAUCAGGAAUAAUAGAAGAUCCAGUAGUUGUGGAGAAGCCUGUAUAUAACACUGCAGAUUAUAAAGGUGUUAUUUAAUAACCUGCAGUUCCACACAGUCAUUACCCAUUUCCUUAAUUCCACCACCACAACAACAAAGAAGAACAUCAAGUUAAUGUUAAAUCUUACUCACUGGCCACAGUCUUUGUAUGAUAAGUUUUUUGUUGAACAGCAAAUAAUUUAAAGAAUGUGAACAAACUUUAUUUUUAUCUAUGUUGAAAAGUUUUGCACAUGUUUUGUUUAUAGUGAUUAUUUGUUGCCUCCUCAAAUCUACAUAAAAACACUCAGAUACUUUCUUACCUUGGUUCAAGGGUUUGAGAUCCACCAGACUCUGUAUAACACUGUCAACAUCUUGAGUAACAGUAAUUUUAAUAACAUGCACUACAAUGUACAUAACUGUGUUUUUUAAUGUCACUGUAAACUGGGCACAUUGCUGCUGGUUAUCCUUACAUCUUGGAGUGCUUUUACACUUGAAAGCAGAACCAAGAACAGGCAUCACCGUCUGUCACCAACUAUUACAUGUUAAUACAUUCACAGUUUUCUUCUUUUGCACUGAUACAGUGGCAGCUGAGUAGUGGAGGGAAAUAGGUAUAUAUAUAUAUACAUACUUGGCAGAUAUUUCUGAAAAUAUAUAUAGAAAAGUGCAGGUAACACUAACAUAAUGUGCUGCUGUUGCGCUAAGGUAAAACCACACAAAUUUGUAUACACCCCAAAUAUGAAGCUGUCAUCAUAUUUGUGAUAGAAUUAAAAUGAUUUGAAUGAUUUGCUUCCAUAUCAGUGGCCCAGCUCUAGUUUUCUCAACGACUGUUAAACAGAGAAAAGGCCCCAGACUGAUUGAUGACUGGUCUAAAUUUUCAAUAAUACAGUAAUUGUAUUAGCAUGUGCCGUGUUUAGUAUGUUAAGUUAACCAUUCUGACAUUUCAUGUAUUUACUGUACAUAUUUCCCUGUUUUAACAGCAGUGAGAGCAGCUUUGGACCAUGUGGAGUCAAUGUUGUGUCGACAGUGUUAUUGGUAGCAUGUUUAUGGCUGUUUUCAGUUUUGCCAGGGUCCUGCAGUAGUAACUGUCUCACAGUGUUAUUGUUUACUGUGUGUUGUUAGAGCCGCAGAGCUUUAAUACGAGAAAAUGAUGGGAAUCAGCAUAAUUACACAUUUCAAACCAAAAACACAUUGUUCCAUGAACUAAACUACAUAGUUCUUAAUGAAGAGGAGAGUUGUACAUUCUGUUAAGUGCUCGACAGUUUUGCAACAUAUUGUUAUUACUUUUAGGCAUAUUUGCACAUAUAGUUAUAUUUUGAUGCAUGGUUAUAGUUUGUUUUUUUAUCAUAAGUUAUUGUGAAACUACAGUAUGUACACUAUAUUAUUGUUUUUAUGAUUUUAUUGCUACUUAACAAAAAAAACUGUAAAAAGUAGUAAGUACUGGACUAUAGAUAUUCUUCAUCAUCACUGUCUUUCUUCUUUAAAUAAAAACACACAUAUGAUAUUU